GACAGUUCACCUCAGAUCCGCGAUCAAGUUGGUUCUAACUCGUGGACUUGUUCCGGAAUCUGUCCGCUUCGGAGGUCAUCUUUACGGUUCGGCUCUCUCGCAGACGUAAACGGGCAUGUCAGAUUCCGUCGAGGCGAUUCGUUUCGAGUUCUCUAGACGCGGAUUCUCCGCCGCAUGUAAAGUGAACGUUGCUUCUGGCAUUUCUUCAAUUAUCAGACUUAUGUUUUAUCGACUCUUUAAGAUUAAAAAUUCAGGAUACAUAUAAUUAUCGACGAUUAGUCGUGAAUAGUGCAAAAGUGACGUUGAACAGUGAAAGUGCAUUGUGAGAUGGGAGGAAAUUAAGACUAAUUAAAUUGAAUUUGUGAAAAUGUCAUCGCGAUUUGACGUCACGAACCGCGACGAAGCGAAAUCAAACUUGAGAAUGAAUCGAUUUUUCGCGGUGACGUUAUAAUAAUAUAACAAAAACACAUUAAAAAAAAAAUGCCGCAAUACGAUGACAGUUUCCUCGAUUCGCCGAUAUUUCGACGACGAACUCGCAGUUAUACCGUGCAAAAGCGGUUUUUGCCGAAAUCGCAAUCUUUUCACAUCACGACCACACCUUUGCUGCUGGCCGUAACCAAUCACGCCAGGACUCUUUCCGGUUCCUUGUCGACUUACAACUUGAAAGAAGUCGAGGAGCGCUCCGGCGGGAAGGCGCGCGGCGGCAAACUAGCGCGUCGUGCGCGCUCCUUCAAGGAGGACUUUCUGGAGAAGCUCUCCCACAUGCGUUCCCCCGGUAGCGGCAGCGGCGGCGGCGGAGGCGGGGGCGGCGGAGGCAGCGGGACGGGCACGAGGGCCGCCUCGCCCUCGUCACCGCGUACGCCGCGGGACAAGAGCGUCCCGGGCUGCAACGACUCCGGCAAUACUCUUGACAAGAAUCCCCUACGUGAUCUGCACAUCCACGUGCGGCAGGUCCAGCUGGCGCUGCUCCACUUUCGGGAUGUCGUGUCCAAGAAGAAGCUCGAGAUGCUACCCGGGAACGGCACGAUCGUCCUUGAUACCGUUACCACGAUACACAACGCGUUGAAGUCCUAUUUGCUCUAUGAGAAUAGUUCCACCUUGGGAUCUGCCACGAAUCAGGUGUACCAAGCGUUAGCGCAAUUGCUGAAACUCUGCGACGAUGUAUUGCUGCACGGUGAUCAAUCCUCCGCUCUAGACACCGAGAACGUGACGCACGUUAUCGGGCUGGUUGAGGAGGCGGUGAAAAAUUUAGUGGCUCUGGCGCACGAGAAGAUUGCCAACAAGCAGAAACCGGCAUCUGUUGCGAGUAGUAAUAGAACUUCCGGAUAUGGAUCGGAAUUAACGCAAAGAAACUCUCUGCCGGAUAUACCUUUGACACCAAGAGAACGCCAAAUCUUGGAACAAACGGCAACGAGCAGUAGCUUGGUUCGCAGCUCGCACAGUUCCGAAUCGAUCUUGCGGGAUUCUAGUCCACCACCGAAACCUCCGCUGCCCGACAGAACAAAUGUAUGUUUGUCGGAGGAAAACAGCUCUUCCGGUACACCUCCUCCGUUGCCGCCGAAGAGAAGAACGAGGACUCAACAGCUUCUCGACGAGUCAGAAGGUCUUUUGGCAUCUAGUCUUGAUAGAGUAUCCCUUCGAAGUCGAUCUCCAGAGGAUUCGUCGUCUCUUCUCAGCGCGUCCGCCGGUAGUUUGGAUUCGGCUCUGAAUCACUCCCGAGACGAGGACGAGAUUCGAGCCAUAAUGGGACCAAAUGAUGAAUCUUUGAAUGAUAGUAUGGACCUAAGUCUCAUGGCUACUAUUCAAGGCAUGCAAGUGAAUGGUACAUCAAACUGUAAUUGCUGGGACGGUUCUGAAACUAGCAUACCAAGUACUAUGUUGCUAGGUCAACAAACACCUCAGGAAAUGCUUAGUCCAUUCACUGGUAUAGAAGGAAAGAUGGAGCGAUUGUCUACGCAAACGCAGGAAUCGGGCUUCGUUUCUAUGCAUUCUCAACGAAGUUCAUCUCAAAGUUACACCACUGCGUCCAAAAGAUCGUCGCAACAGAGCAGCAUUAGUUAUAAUUCUCAAUCAUUUAGUGCACAGCAACAACAGUCGUUCUCCCAGACCAAAUUAUCCUCAGACAGUAAUGGCUCUAUUUUUACACAGAAGACGAUGACCAGCUCCAAAAGUACCAUUAGCACGACCAAUGUGUCUGGAAACGGGGACCCAGCUUUAUUGGAGAAAUUGGUAAAUGAAAUGGAAUCAACGACAACUACUACGUCUGAUUCUAACGGAGCGCCUCCAGCAUUGCCAGAGAAGCGAUCCAAACGAAGAAAGGAACGGCAGCCAUCGCAGUACGACAAUGUACCGGAGAACGAGCAUUUAUCUACAUGUACUUUACACACCAGUAAUGGAGAUAGUCCAGAUGCCAACAAACCACCUCCUCUGCCACUAAAGAAGCGGCAUAUGUUCCAAUCAGUGGCAUAUUCCGUUAUGGCUUACAUGGAGAUGUUUGGGAAUUGCUCCCACAGUAAUAACGAUUUCAUUUCGGGUCUCGGUACCCGUCAUUCUGUAGCAGCUUACAAUUCGAUGCAAGCAGAAUGGCAACAGCACGAGAUGUCCCUCACCACAACUCAAUCGUGUUCUUUUGUAACGCAUACUGUGACUGCUUUACACGAUAGCUCAAGCCUUUCUAUGACUACAACACCGAGCUCGAUAGAGGCAACAAAUAAUUCUAGUCUGCCCCCGGCAUUACCACCAAAGAGAUCUCGUUCCAUUAAAUCAAAUGUUACACCUCCACCAAUAUCGCCAAAACCCACAAUCAGUAUGCAGAGUAUUCACAAUUCGGAUUCUCUUGUGACAUCGACGCCUCUGAAGUCGGAAGAGCCAACAUACGCACAUGAAAAGAAAGACGUUACACCUCCGACUCCUGUAAAAUUGGUAAACAUUAAUAAUAACAAUGUUAUUAUGGACACAGUAUUAUCAUCAUCUAGACCUGCUAGUAAUGCUCUUUCUUCCAUAUCAGUCGAUGAAAAUACCCUCGAGUUAAGGGAUAUCGAUCAAGAUGAUAAUAUUUUAGAUGAAUUAGAUAUUAAUAAAUACUUGGUAUUGAAAAAAUCUGAUGAAGAAGGUCCAGAUAUACGUGGUGGGCAUCCAGAUGCUUUAUUAAUUCACGCCACAAAAGCAAAUAAACACGAUGAAAAAGAAUCAGACUUCUUAUAUCAAGAAGCAUUUCUAACAACAUACAGAACCUUCAUGCAGCCAUUAGAACUGAUUCGAAAACUACAUAGACGUCAUCAACGUUUCUCAUGUUCCCCAGAUGUCGUUAAACAAAGAGCUGCGCGUGAAGCAUUUUCCUUAUUAGUUAGAGUUGUUAGUGAUUUAACAAUAUCUGAUCUUGACGACGUUCUUCUGCAAACUCUGAUGGAAUUUGUACAGCAAUUGGUUUGCAGCGGCGAUCUUACAAUGGCCAAAGCGUUGCGGGUUAAGAUUUUAGAGAAGCAUACUAUCAAGCAAUUACAAGCAACGCAACCGAUUCUCUCAUCUCUGAGCGUAACAACGAAACAGGCUUCUCUGUUGGACUUCAAAAGUGAACAGAUUGCUGAACAAAUGACGCUACUCGAUGCCGACUUGUUUAUGAAAAUAGAAAUCCCGGAAGUGCUGAUCUGGGCGCAGGAACAGAAUGAAGAAAGAAGUCCGAAUCUCACAAGAUUUACCGAACACUUCAAUAAAAUGUCGUAUUGGGCGCGAUCUCGAAUAUUGGAGCACCGAUUAGAAAAUGAGGCGAAGGAUAGAGAGAAAUAUGUCGUAAAGUUUAUUAAAAUUAUGAAACAUCUUAGGAAAAUUAAUAAUUUUAAUAGCUAUCUCGCGUUAUUAUCUGCAUUGGACAGUGCGCCUAUUAGGAGACUCGAAUGGCAGAAGCACAUUACAGAAGGUCUGAAGGAAUAUUGCGCUCUCAUCGAUAGCUCUAGCAGCUUUCGAGCCUAUAGGCAAGCUUUGGCAGAAACGCAGCCACCAUGUAUUCCUUAUAUCGGACUUGUUUUGCAAGAUCUUACGUUUGUGCAUAUUGGAAAUAACGAUUUAUUACCAGAUGGCACUAUAAAUUUCUCAAAAAGAUGGCAACAAUUUAAUAUUGUUGAAAAUAUGAAAAGAUUUAAGAAAGGCACGUAUUCUUUCAAGAAACAUGAACGCAUCAUAACAUUUUUCAACAACUUCAGCGAUUUCCUCUGUGAGGAGGCAAUGUGGCAGAUCUCCGAAAGCAUCAAGCCACGUGGUGGCAAAAAAGCACAGCCGCAAAAUUAGAAUAUACCUAACCCUUUCACUGCCUGCGUCUCGAAAGGCUGAAACGUGAGUGAAUUGAAAGAUUUAUAUUUAUGCGUAGGUAUAUACUUUUUUUGCGGAAGGAAAAGAAAUUCCCUGCUAUAAUGCUCUAAGAGCAGUGAAAGGGUUAGCGAGUCUAUCCCAUUUCAACACAGCCUCUGUGAGGUUGUAUUUUAUUAUAUUAUUAAAUCUUGUAUGAAAAUUUUAGCAUACAAAUACAUCCGUAAACUCGAUAUUUAGCAGAUUCAAUAUAUAACAUAACACAUUGUUUAACUCAAACUUACGUUUAUAAUCAAUUGGAGAUCGAAAUGCCGAAACUCGGAAGAAUUUCAAAACGUUAAAUAAACCAAUAUUUAUCCCAA